AUGGUUUCGGUCUUUGAGCCUCCUCGGCCCAUUGGCGAAGACACGUAUCUACAUGAGCCGCUGGCCAAAACCAAUACUCCUGGAUCUUUGGCACCUGCUCUAGCGAUCCUAUGCACCUGGGUCGGAGGCGCCACGCCACGCCGCAUCAACAAGUACCUCGCCCAGUAUCGACAGAUAUAUCCGUCAUCGGCUCUCCUCCUGGUCACAACCUCGCCGUGCCAUCUGUCGGAUCUUGGCAUUGUCAGCGCCUACCAACGACGAACUCUGACGACCACGGGGAACAUUACUUCAUCCCUUUUCCCAUGCGGGGGCCACAUGGGUGUGCAGCUGGCUCUUUCGAUAAAAGAAGAACCAGACCGGGGUGCAAUCUUCUUCGAGCACCUUCAGGGAAUUAUCCUCGACUGCUGCCCUGGGGAUGAUGCUUUAGAAAGAGCGUACUGCGCAGCCCGUCUGUCUGUGCCGUAA